CGUGUCCCCUUAAAGGGCGGGCCUGUGUGUGUGUGUGUGGAGGCGGGGGAGAUGUCUCCUUGUCAGGGUUUGGGCUGGAACGAGGACGUGGCUCGGCGCCUCGCCUUGCCCCCGCCUUGCGUUGGGGUGGGGGAGGCCUGAGGAAGCGGCCUCGCGGCCAGAGCCCCACGCUCCGCCCCGGCUGACGGGAUCGAUGCGCGACAAUUCGGCAGUGCCAUGACUUCCUGCUUCUCGGCCGGGGAGACCGACGCCGGGCUGGGAGCGGGAUGGAGCCGCAGCGGAGGCUGAGAGCGGCUCCCACGCGUGGCAGCCGGGGGUCCGGGUGCUGAGCCUUCGUCUCCCCCUGGUGCGUCGGGGGCGCGAGCCAUGGGCUCCCAGGACGUGCUGAGCGAGACCACCCGGCUGGCCUCCUCCAGCGCCUUGCUGCAGAUAUUGUUUCGGGUGAUUACUUUUGGCUUAAAUGCAUUUACUCUCCGCUAUGUAUCAAAAGAAAUGAUUGGCCUUGUGAAUGUAAGGCUAACACUGCUUUAUUCUACAGUUGUUUUCUUAGCCAGAGAGGCAUUCCGUAGGGCUUGUUUGAGUGGCAGCACAAAGCGAAAUUGGACCAAAACUAUUAAUCUUUUGUGGCUAACAGUUCCUUUGGGGGUUUGUUGGUCACUGUUUCUGGGCUGGAUCUGGCUACGGUUACUUGAAGUUCCUGAUCCUAAUGCAGUUCCCUACUAUAAGAUUGGAGUAGUUGCAUUUGGUCUUUCUGCAGUGGUUGAACUUCUAGGAGAACCAUUCUGGGUUUUGGCACAAGCACAUUUGUUUAUAAGGCUUAAGGUAAUUGCUGAAAGUCUUUCAAUAAUCUCCAAAUGCAUUUUGACAGUUAUUUUAGUAGUUCUGUAUCCACAAUGGGGACUUUACAUUUUUUCUUUGGCUCAGCUUUUAUACACCAGUAUUCUGGUGCUGUGCUAUGUAAUGUAUUUCAUGAAGUUUUUGGGUUCUCCUGAAUCAACAAAGAAAUCUUUUCCAGUUUCUAGAAUGACAGAUCUGUUACCCAACUUGACUGAAGAUCAGACUGUGGUAGACUGGAAAGAGGCUAGGUUGACUUGGAGCUUCUUUAAACAAUCUUUCUUGAAACAGAUGUUGACAGAGGGUGAAAGAUACGUGAUGACUUUUUUGAAUGUGCUAAAUUUUGGAGACCAGGGUGUGUAUGACAUAGUGAAUAACCUUGGUUCUCUGGUGGCUAGAUUUAUCUUUUUGCCAAUAGAGGAGAGUUUUUACAUUUUCUUUGCUAAGGUGCUGGAAAGAGGGAUGGAUGUAAAGCUACAGAAACAAGAUGAUAUUGCAAUGGCUGCAGCAGUGUUAGAGUCACUGUUAAAACUCGUGCUUCUGGUUGGCCUGAGCAUUACAGUUUUUGGCUAUGCCUAUUCUCAACUGGCUCUGGAUAUUUAUGGAGGUUCAAUGCUCAGUUCGGGAUCAGGUCCCGGUCUCCUGCGCUGCUAUUCUUUAUAUGUCCUCCUACUUGCUGUCAAUGGAGUAACAGAAUGUUUUGCAUUUGCUUCUAUGUGCAAAGAGGAGGUAGACAGGUUCAAUUUUGUUAUGCUGGCCUUGUCCUUCACAUUCUUGUGCGUCUCUUAUUUCUUGACUCAGUGGCAAGGCAGUGUAGGCUUUAUCCUUGCAAACUGCUUCAAUAUGAGUAUUCGAAUAGCACACAGCAUUCACUAUAUCUACAAUUACUUCAAAGAGAGCUCUUACAGACCUUUGAAAGGGCUGCUACUCUCGCCAUCACUAAUUUUUGUUUAUAUUAUAAGUGGAGUAGUCACUGUUUUUUCAGAGGUAUUCUUGUGCUGUGAUAAAGGCUGGCUGGCAAGGCUGAUUCACAUCACUGCGGGAGCUCUGUGCUUUGCAGCAACACUUAUCACUAUAUUCUUCACAGAGACCAAGCUGAUUAACUUUGUUAGAACUCAGUUCCUGUCACAAUAUACCAAGAAAGAAACUUAAAAUGAUCAUGUACAGAAUAAUUGUUAUGUAUUUUUAUGUUUGCUACAAAGGUAUAUUUUAUAUAUGAAAUAUGCACAGGAUAAGUUUUACACUGUGUAACUGAAAUGGAAAUAUUUGGCAACCAGAUACUAUUUCCAUUUUCAAAUAAUUUAAACUCAUAACAGCUUCCAACAUAAAUUAUACCAACCCUGAGCCAGGUAAUUCUCCUUGUCAUUCUUAUCAAAGCUUUUUCCUUCAUAACAGUAUUGCCCAACUUUGUUUUUUAGCAGAAUGAAAUAACUAGGACUUACACUGAUGCAAAUCUUCCUUGUGGGAUGCUCCCAUUGUUACAAAUGGGACUACUAAGUGUGAUGGUGUUAAAGAAUUAGACUUUACCCACUUUUACACAACUAUCAAAUAUUAAAAUGGAUGAAUGAUCCUUCAAAGUAAGUGAGGCCACACUUAAUUAUUAAGAAAAAAUUAUAUAUAUAUACUGUGUUCAAGGAGAACAACGCUGGACAGUAGAGCAUGAACUAAUAGUAACUUAAUAGUAUGCAGAAACAACAUUAUCCAGUACAAAGAAAUUGACUUACUAAUGUUGGGAAACAUGAAACAAUUUGGAACAGAAAACUUCAGACAUUUUAUGUUAUAAACAAAUAAAUGGAAUGCACAAACUUGUAUACAUAUGCAUGUGGAUUGUGCAAGAGUGCUUGUUUUUCUACAUACUGUUUACUUACCAGGGUAUUGACUAGUAUGCCAAAAAUAUACUUCAGUGUUCACUAAAGUACACAAUAUUGUAUUUUGGAAGGAAGUUCUGCAAAACGUAAGCCCUCUCUGUUCUUUCUCCUGGGUGCAAGUCACAGCUGAAAUUUCCCAAAGUCCAGAAGGUCAAUAGAGUUAAACUUAAAUUCUAUAACUUUUAUUUUAUCUCUAUUUUUAGUUAAUUUAUAAAUACUAGUGCAAACAAAAAUUUAAAUAAAAAUAUUCCCUCAUAA